AUGACCACUGAUCAAGAUUAUGAGAAGAAUAAAAUAGCUAAGUUAGAAGUCAUUUCUUGUUCAUCGUCGGCGAUUCUUCACUUUUCUGAUCGCCAUUUACCAGCAGUUAUUGGUAGAAACAGUUCACGAGCAGCAAAGGUUGAAGGUGAUGGAUGUACACCAGUAGGCUUUCUUCCCUUACGACGCAUACUUUACCGAUCUGAUCGCCUUACUCCGCCUCGUUCAUCUAUUCCAUGCCAAGUUCUAACGGAACAUGAUGCCUGGUGUGAUGAUAUUACACAUGAGGAUUAUAAUCAUCAAAUUCGGCUUCCACAUCCAGCUAGACACGAAAAGUUAUGGCUGGAGGAGAAUGUCUAUGACAUUAUCGGUGUACUCGGCUACAAUGAUGAUCCAGUUAGAAUAGGCCGGGGUUCAGCCAUAUUUCUUCAUGUGGCAACAUCUAACAUGGAACCAACGGCGGGUUGUAUUGCACUGUCAUUGAAUGAUCUCUGCUGGGUGCUAGAACAAGGACUAGAGGGUAUUUUGAUUUCGAACUGA